UUUAUCUUGGGGCGCCUGUGUGGUGGCCAUGUACCAAUGUCCUGGGUACGAGUAAACACUAAAAAACCCGCUAUUUUGAAACACAGGAGCAAUACAAAAUCAUUCUUAUUUUGCACCGAGUUACACUUGUCAAAGACCUUGGUCAGAGUCAAAAAGAUGAAAAACGUCUGGGGGAGAUGUCAGAUCGUAUCACAAACCUUGUCCAAGAGAUUUACACCCUUAACUAUGACAGCAAGGAAAAUAAUGCUACUCUCAUACACAUCCACACAUGUGCGGUAUCACUUUGGAACCUGACAGUGGCUAUGAAGACAGGAGGGAAGACAAAGAGUGAUCUGAAUGCAAGAUUGCGGCAUGCAGCCUGCAAUCUCUACGCAAUGGCAAAUGCAUCCAGUGCAACAGAAUCAACCUUUCGUAAGCAACUGGUGAUGAUUUCAAAGACAGGGCGAGCAUGGCUUGACUGUGAAAAUCCUUCCAUGGCCGAAAGCUCCCUUACAAUGGCAAACGAGUGCUGGGACAACUUGCAAAAGCUGUGGUCGUCAUCUGGAGCACUUUCUGAAGACUGUGGGAGACAGCAGGCGGAAAGUUAUGGCUACAUGUUCAGGGUGUUCAGUGACAUGGCUGAAGCUGCUAUGUCUCUUGGAAACAAUAACAGUGCUCUUGAAUGUAUUGAAAAAGCAAAAGCUUUUCUUGUGAAACUUCCCAAAGAGAAUGCAACAUUGUCUCGUCUGUGCUACAACUUUGGUGUUACGACUUACAACAGGAGGGAAUAUGAAGAUUGCAUUGAGUGGCUAAGGGAAAGUUUGGAACUUGGUAAGGGAAAGGCUCCUGUUGGACACAAAAAGCAGGCUACCACACUUCGUCUGAUAGCUAAUGCUUAUCUCAAGUGGGAUAGUAAAGAGCAUCUACAGAAGGCCCUAAAUGCUGUUGGUCUCGCCAAUGCUGAACACCCUCAUCCCGCUGGUCAUUAUCUCAAAAUUGAGCUACUGCUGCUAUCAGACAACACUCCAAUGGCGCGAUUACAAUCAGCAUUUGAAGAGGCGUUGAAUCUUCCAGACCUAACAGCACAAAUUGGAUUAAGCUUGGCACAGUUGGCGACAAGAUACAAAAGGACGGACUUGGCACUCAACUGUCUUCAGACUCUUGCUACCAGAUUCAAGAACUCUCCCGACCUUGCUAAGAUACAGCUUCAACAUGUGGAACUUUUACUACAGAAUAACCAGGACCAGGAGGCAAAAGACCUGGUCGAAGAUUGUAUAACUGGUCACAACACUGGUCAGCAACUCAGCCCUGACAUAUGCAAGAUGUUCCAUCUUCUACUAUGGGAGAAAGCUGCUAAUUUGUAUGAGGCAAAAGAAUACCAGGAAGCUAUCAACUGGUACAACUACUCCCUAAGUCUAUUCAACUCCGAGGACACUUCUACUAACAAGAACGUCGCCAAACUGCUAAGAAACAAGUGCUCCUGCUACACAAUGCUACAGGAUUUGAAAAAUGCGAGUAAAGCGGCUGCCGAGGCACAGCGUAUAGAGCCAAAUUCCCCUAUUGUUCACUUCUUCCAGUUCAAGAUAGCACUGAUGGAAGGCGAUGAUAAUAAAGCUAUGGAAGCAAUAAAACAGAUCAGUCAGUCACAGGCCAAUGACCAUGACAACAAUGACGUCACUACUGAUGAGGAUGACGCACACGGUCUUAUAUGUUUGGCAGCGCAGCUUUCGCUAGAGCAAAACAAUCGUAGUGUUGCGGUCAAGGCCCUUGAUGGCAUAUUAGAAACUUCUGCGUCAAACAAGCAAGUUAUCACAGCACUCAGGUGUCUCAUUCGACUCAAACUCACGAUCAGCGAGACUGACGUAAAGGGUGAUGUAAACGGGAUCAUGCCCUACCUAAAAAAAGCGUUGGAGUGCGUCAACAAAAUGGCGGCUCUCGGCCCAUUAGCAGACGUGCAGGCCGAGGCCACGUGGUUCAUGAAAAUCGCUUGGAACAUGGCACUGGACAGUUCGGAGUCCAGUUCCGAUCUGCGAGAGUUCUUCCUCAUUUGCUACAAGUUUGCCGACUUGUGCGCUAUUGACGCCGCGAACAUGUCCCGUCAGAAGAACUGCCUUCUAAUGGCUGCUGCAGCUUCGUUACAGAUUGCCAAAGAGACUUCAAACGAAACAGAAAAGAAAGAAGCUUUGUCUGAGACCUUGACUCACGUACAGAACUGCCGCGAUCUCUGUAAGAGGAUAAACGGCACACACUCCAUACAGGGAAACAAGGACAAGAAAGAUGACUCUAUUAUACUGCUGAUCCUGUACGAGUUUGAAGCCAAAGCCAAGCUUGGCGAGGGCGACGCGAGCCUGGAGUCAUGCCUUCAUAAGCUUAUCGCGCUGCCGUUCUGUGAGGCGAAAACCUUCGAGACUGUCGCAGCUUUGGCUGUCGAGCAGCCCGCAUUUUAUCGCGAAGUGAGUGUGAAGGCCUUAAAACUCGCGAUCAAGAAACAUAGGACAGCAGAGCCAGUCGACCUUAUAGCACUAAGUAAAGUGUUCCAUAGUCUGGCCGAGCUUGCACUGGGUCGAGGUAGCAGUAGGGACGCUGAAAGCAAGGAGGAGGCCUGGACACUAUACCAAGAGAUCAUCGAGUUUGUGGAAUCUACCGAUAAGGGCUCUUAUCCUGAGAUGGAGCUUAUCUGGCUAAUGACAAAGGCGUGGAACUGUGGAAUAAAUCUGUUUAGCUCCGGACGGUUUGAUGCAUCUGAGAAGUGGUGCGCAACGGCGAUGAGGCUUCUUCAGCGGCUUGUGGGGUUCAAAACAAACUACGAAUCAAAGAUGACGUCUGUCUACUCUGAUAUCCUUGAUCGUAUCUCUCGCGCUGCAGCACAAGCUACCGUUGAGGAGUAGUACUAGAGUUCGCCUUAAAAUUGGACUUAUCGAGGGAAAGUAUUGAUAUUAUCUCACGCCUUUGUGAAAGGGGACUCUUCAAAUUUGGUUUAUCGAGGGUCCGUUUUGUGAAAAAAGGUAUCCUGCAUGCGAGUCAGUUUGACUUAUCGAGGUUCAACAUUGAUAUUUCCUUGCGCAUUUGUUAAAGGGAAUCCUCCAUGUUUGGCUUAUCGAGGACCCUUUCUGUGUGAGUAGGUCCCGCAUCAGAGUAAGGUAGACUUAUUGAGGGUAAUCACUGACAUCGUCUCACGCUUUUAGUGAUAGGGGGCUCUGUUCUGGGUUGAAUACCCUAUUGAACCUUUAUAUAAACGUUUAAUUUUUCCUCAAUAGGAAAAAUAAUCAAUAUGGCUUUCACCAAAGCCAGUUCACUGAUUAGUUACUAGAUCUAGUCACUAGAUUUUUUAAAAAAAAUUGGGUUCGCUCAUAGAUCUUCUACAUUCGCCGUGAGUUUUCUCAGAUUUGUCGUAGAAAAUUUGGCUGAACUCUGUGAUAUACUGCGUCUAGUUUAGAACAGACUCUGAAAGGUCGACCCUCAUCCAUUCAAAAUAUAUAUCAUGCUUUAUAUAAUAAUAAUUUGAGAAUAUACUAGCUUACUAUUCUCUUCUGCUCAAAUCCGCCAAAAAAUUGCUUUUCUAAGCAGUUUUAGUCGCUUUGAAUUCUUAACUAUAAUAAUUAUUUACAAUGAUAAAAUUUACACUUGUGCUAACUCAGGUAGCCAGAGCGAAUGUUGGAUAGUGUUUUUUUAUUGUUCAACUUGCUAAUGCGUAGGAAAGCUCUAGUUUCAUAAAUUCACAGCGGGACUCCGCACCUCAAUUUGUAAACAACAAGGCAGUAAAAAAACGACCAUUUGAUAUCUGGAGGGGAGGAGACGGAUUUUUACCUGUUCGAUAAUUUUUCGCGGCCAAUUGAUUUAAAAUUUCACCGUGCCCAAUUUUAUCAAAGGCUUUAGCUUGCUAUAAUUUGACAAUAAAACUGAAUGGGGGAUUUUAUAACGAACCAACUAUACAGAAUUUAGUCUCUAAAUACACGGAACGAUGAUAAGCGGGUGCCCUUAAGCUCAGCUUUUCAGGUAAUGUUAUAACAUGUAUCUUAAAAUUUCUAUUGUAUUAUCUUUUGUACCUAAGCCCUGAAUUAUUGAUGAUUGGUUGCCAUCCUUACAAAAAUGUCAUUCUGCUGUAAGUGUCAUAAGAAAUGGUAAUUAACAUAAAAAAAUAUUUUGACGGAA